GCACGGCACGGCACGGCACGGCACGGCACGGGGUUGUGUCUCCCCGGGGUUCCUGUCCUUCCGGGGGCCGUGUCCGCCCUCAGUGUCCGGGUUCGCGUCCGAGGACUCUGCCCCGGGAUCUGCCUCCGUCCGGGGUCUCUCUCCCCGUCCGUAUCCGUCCGGGAGCUCUGUCCGGGCUCCACCAGACGUGCUGCUGGCACAUUCAAACUUCCGAGAGUGUGAGAGCACAGCCCGGCACAACUUGUGGCAGCGGCGUGGUGAGGAUUGCUGGGAAAAUUCAGGUUUCCUGAAUGGCAAGCCAGGUUUAUGUUAAGACAUGGUGACUGACUUUGAUGAAAAACAUGACGAAUAUUUAAUAUCCCUCCAGCAGAGAAACCGGCUGCAGGAGCGGUUAAAAAGAAAAGAUCCCGUGCAAACCAGACUGGAGGAGUUGGAAAAAGGAUUUUCUCUGUACGUGAAUGGAGCUAACUCUGAGCUGAGAAAGUACCGCAGGAAAAUCACCCCACAGCUGAGGAACAGAUCCAAACCCACCAGGACAAAGGAAGCAGCCCAGCUAGAAGAGAGUGCCCAGCUAGUGCCAGAACACAGCACCCAGACUGCCCCAAGCAAGAUACAGCGCAGGAAUUGGCUUCAGAAAACUGUGGCAAUUAAAACAGAAGGAGGUGAUAAGCUCUACAUUACACCCUCUCUGGUGUACUCUGAUGAUUUUGAGCCUUAUGAAAGCUUGGCUGUGGAGAGCAGCAGUGAUGAUGAUCCUCUCUCCCAGCAGGAAUUGAGCAGCAGCUUGCAGCGCAGCGUGGACGAGGAGAGGAUGGAAGAAGACUCCCUUAGUGAUGAUUAUGACUCUGUUGAAGAGGAUGUGUUUUCAGAACCAUCUCCCACUGAGGAAGCAAUUACAGGCUUUGAAGGCCUCCAGUUGGAUAGCAGUGAGGCACUGCAGAAGGAGGGUUCUGAGCCUCAGGAUGCCGGGCGAUGCUCUAGCCUUGAUUCUGCUGCCUCGACUGUGCUGGAGUUCAGCCAGGAUCAAAGCAAAGUGAAGCCAGUGCGAGUUCUCUCAGCCAAGAGAAAGGACAGUGCUGAAGUGUACAUUCCUGUCAAACCAGUCGUGCUGACAAAUAAAGGCACUCGGUCCCUCUCUGCUGAGCUCUUGCACCAGGACAGACAUGAAACAGUUUGUUCUAAGCCCUCAAGUCGACCAGAAACAUCCCUUUCAGUAACCAGGAAGAGUGUAUGUGAGAAGGAUCCUGAGCUCUCUGUUUCAGCUGUUGUUCAAGCAGUGCAGAUUGAGAAUGAAUUCUUGCAGGGAGAUCUGCAAAGACAAGCAGCUGCCUCAACCCCCCAAAAGGAGACAUUUUCUGUUUCACCUGUUCUUUCUGCAAAGGCUGAACCUCCAGAAAAACGCCAGACAAGGACUACAGUCACCAAAGCUGCGGAGAGAUUCUGCCCUUUUGGAAGCAGACAAAAGAAGAGACUCCUGAAAACCUUCACAGAGCAUAGGAGCCAUUCUGCCUGUGACACUGACAGAUCCCUGGCUGAUGGCGAAGCUGGAGUAGAUUCCAUGUGGAGAGAGAAGAUGACAGCCAGUGUGGAAGUACAUGAUGCCAUUUAUGUGACUAUGGAACUUCUUUCCAACUGGGGGAAUCCAGCAAACGUGGGCCUGAGCCAGGUGGAAUUCUUUGAUUUACACAACAAGAGGAUCUUUGUGUCUCCUCAUGAUGUGGACAUUCGAAAUGCUGACAACCCAGGGGAUUUGUGCUGCCUGGUCAAUAAGAACUUAAAUCUGCCCAAGGACAGCUGCCUUUGGAUGUGCCCUUUCCACCCACCCGUCCAACUUUACUUUGUUAUCCGCAAUCCCACCCGCUCACGUGACUUUGGUAUAUCCAAGAUCAAGAUUUGGAAUUACAACACAACAACUCCCAGUGACCUGGAUGUUGGAGCAAAGAAGGUGAAGUUGUAUGUUGAUGAGAAUCUUGUAUUUGAUGGUGAAUUAGAGAGAGGCUUUGGAGAUCUCCUUGCUGACCAGAACACUACAAUUGACCUUACAGAUCACAAGCAAGAUACCUCAGCAUCUCCCUCAGCUGAGAGGAAAGAAGGAAAUGCACCUGCAGGCCCAGACAAGAAAACAGACCUGCAUUUUAAAUGCUCAGAAUCAAACAGUGCUUCACUGAACUGGAAAGCUCUGCCAGAAGAAAAUCUUCUUGAGCCUCAGAUGAACUCAAUCAGCUUUACAAAGAAAAAUUUGUCUCAGUUAGAGGAUGAUCUAAAAGUGUUCCCAUCUCAAGUUUGUACAAAAGAUGCCAAAGAGGAGGCAGCAGCAGCAGUUCCAGAGAACAUUCAGUCUGAUGAUGAGCUUUGUUUGAGUGAGCAAAUGGAAAGGUUAACUGGAAGAAAACUGACUGAUUCUGCAGCUGCAGUUCCUUCUUGGUUACAGUCUUCUUCCCGGGUAACACAGAAUAAUCAAGUUACUCCCAGUAGGCAGAAGCCUCCGUGGCUUGCUACAGAGCAGAAUUCCAAUUCAAGAUUUCAAACACAGCCAGAUGAAAUCAUGAAAAACUUCUCAGAUCUGAUAAACGAGGAUGUCAAAUGUCAGAGGCAUGAACUGGGAGUACCCAAUAGAAAUGCAACUGGAGAUGAGAGAUCACAAACACUGACUAAAAAGGAUGCUGAUGUGGACUUGGACAUUUUUGACCACCUUUCUAACAAAAACUGCUGCAGUUUACAGUACCCUAUGAGUGGAAGGAGAAGUGUUGUAUCUGGUAAAAAGCUGGGAUUAAACACUACAAAUCUUGGAGAAGAUGGUUCUGCUCUCAAAGAUGAAGACUUUCCCAUCAAGGACGUAGCAGCCUCUAGAAUGAAGUGGUGCAGUGAGCAAGAACACACUCUGCAGGAGUCCUGGAACUCCUUGGUGAAAUUUAAUUACUCCCACCGCGGCCGGAUCUCGAACAUGGAUUUUCAAGGGGAUAUCUUUGAUGAGUUUCUCCAUCAACAGAAAAUCAGCCGGCCUGGAGAAUAUCAGAGAAAAGAGGGACUGCAAACACUACCAAAGAGGCAAGAGGAAGAACAUUCUGUGGACAUACAGGAUGGCAGUGAUUUUAAAAUCCCUGUUUUACCUUGUGGGCAGCGCUUGGUGAUAGACAUCCGAACAACGUGGGGAGACAGACAUUAUGUUGGUCUUAAUGGAAUUGAAGUUUUCAGUUCUAAAGGAGAGCCUGUUCAGAUUGCAAAAAUAACAGCUGAACCCCCUGAUAUCAAUAUUUUACCAGCUUAUGGCAAUGAUCCCAGAGUAGUAACCAACUUGAUAGAUGGGGUGAAUCGGACCCAGGAUGAUAUGCACCUCUGGCUGGCACCAUUCACCCCUGGAAAACCUCACUUUGUCUUUAUUGACUUUGUGAAUUCCUGUCAGGUAGCAAUGAUUAGGAUCUGGAAUUACAACAAAUCCCGAAUCCACUCGUUCAGAGGUGUGAAAGACAUCAUCAUGGUGUUGGAUGAGCAAUGCAUCUUUAAAGGAGAGAUUGCCAAAGCCUCAGGAACCUUGUCUGGAGCUCCAGAGCACUUUGGAGAUACCAUAUUGUUCACUACUGAUGAUGAUAUUCUUGAAGCCAUUUACUGCUAUGAUGAAACACAUGAUGGAGGAAUGGGAGAUUCCAGCUCCCUGAGAUAUGAGGAAGAGCUGAAGAGGCCAACAACUGCAGACAGGGAGGGAGAUGAGAGACCUUUUACACAAGCAGGGUUGAGAACAGAGAAUCAACAGGUUCAAGAGCCAGACUCUGUUUCUGAAUGCAUACCAAAGGAAACAGGAAUAUUCACUGGAAAAUGCCUGCAACUGAACUUUACCAUGACCUGGGGAGACUCUCAUUACCUGGGGCUGACAGGACUUGAAGUGAUAGGAAAGGAUGGUCAAGCAUUAAAAAUCAAUGCAGAACAGAUUUCUGCUUCACCCCGAGACUUGAAUGAUCUUCCAGAGUACACAGGAGAUUCCAGAACGUUAGAAAAGUUAAUAGAUGGGACUAAUAUCACAGUGGAGGAUGACCAUAUGUGGCUCAUUCCCUUCUCUUUUGGAGAAGAUCAUCUGCUCACAAUCCAUUUUGAUAAAACUGAAAGUAUUGCAGGGCUUCGCUUUUGGAACUAUAAUAAAUCUCCAGAGGAUACCUACAGAGGGGCUAAGGUGGUCCAUGUGUUGCUGGAUGGGCACAGCAUCUCUCCCCCGGAGGGUUUCCUUAUCCGCAAGGGACCAGGCAACUGCCACUUUGAUUUUGCUCAAGAAAUUCUAUUUCUUGACUAUCUACAUCCCCAGCCAACUCCUAAAGUACACAGGAGGACUGCUUCAAGGACACUGGAACAAGCCAGUAUGGACUAUGAAGCACCAUUAAUGCCCUGUGGUUUUAUUUUCCAGUUCCAGCUCCUGACGAGUUGGGGUGACCCCUACUACAUUGGUCUGAAUGGGCUGGAGCUGUUCAAUGAACAUGGAGAGCAAAUCUUACUGACUGAGAACAAUAUUGCUGCUUUUCCAGAGAGUGUCAACAUUUUAGAUGAUGUAUCUGGAGACAUCCGGACUCCAGACAAACUGAUUGACAGAGUGAAUGACACCACUGAUGGCAGGCACAUGUGGCUGGCACCAGUUCUUCCUGGUUUGGUGAAUAGGGUGUAUGUCAUUUUUGAUGUACCUACUACCGUGUCAAUGAUCAAGUUAUGGAAUUAUGCCAAGACACCUCAGAGAGGUGUGAAGGAGUUUGGUCUUCUGGUUGAUGAUUUGCUGGUGUACAAUGGGAUUCUGGACAUGGUGAGCCAUGUGGUGUCAGGCAUCCUCCCCACGUGUGACCCCAUGGUGCCCUACCACACCAUCCUCUUCACGGAUGAUGAGAGGAUCUGCAACCAGGAGAGGAGAACUGUUCUCAGCAAUCACGUGGAGGAUCAGGAUGUACGAAUGAUGAAUGAAAAUGAGAUUGUCACCAGCAGCAAAAAGAAACAAGUUGUGGCUGACCCGGCUCUGCGCCCCAAAACCUGCAUCAGUGAGAAAGGAUUGCAGAGGAGGAAAAGAUGACAAGGAAAGUCCUGAAUGCAUCCAGCCCUAAGCAACUGCAGUCCAGAGCUCCAAAAUAUGCAUAUCCAAAUGGAAGAUUUUCCAUAUCUGCUGCUGCUGAUCCACCUCCUCUUGUGAGAGGCAGUUUUAUUUGCUACAGGAAAUUUUCUUCAGAAUGAAAUCUAAAGCAUGAAUUCAGUAUCCUGAGGGAUUUUUUGCUCAUAAUCUGUCUGAAUUUCCCCCCUUAUCUCUUAAUUGAAAAUCCAGGGAAGAAGGAACAUAAAGGAGAGAGUGAGAACCUUUCUGCUGACAACUGUUCUGCCAAGUACUGAGAACUUGGGUUAAGCUGGAUUGUCCACAGGUUUUUAGAUUAUUUCUAAAGCUUUUAUUCCUAAAUCCUAGCUGGAUGAUCACGAAGAUCCUCAAUAGAAGGAGGUGCUGCUUUAUUUCUGAUGCCUGUAAAUAGUUCUCUGGGAAAUGUACUUGUUAGAGGAAAUACUCUUUAGCUGUCUGUCUCUGGGCAUGUUUGGAUGCCAGGGCUGUCUGUAGGAGCUGCCACUGUUUCUGACACCUAGACAGGUUCCACUGGGCUUGCAGAAAUGUGAUGGAUGCCUUUAGGAAGUGGAGAUCAAGAAGUGGCUUUAUCAAGGUUUAAUAAGUGCAUUUCAGCUGUCACCUUUUCAUGUUUUGCAGUGAAAUAAUUAUUUCUUUCAUCAUUUCACUACCAUGGAAAAAGCAAGUGAGGUGUUUUGCCUGGAGUGCCAUUGACAGGCACUCUGCACAUCCUUCAGAGUCCUCCUGCUACACAGCAAUGUUUUUUCCUCCUAUUUUGCCUGAAUUUAUAUGAAAAAGGAGGCCAUGCCUCUGUGCUGCACUAACCAGAUGUUGCCAGAAACAGAUCAUCACUUCUGAGAAAUGGUAAAUGCCUUUUAAUUAGAUGAAGGUAAGGAGAAAAGUGCAUUUUAAAACAAAAAAAAACGUGCACAUGUAGUAAUUUAAAUAAAAACUCUAACCAAACAAAUAUGCUGCAGAAUUUGCUAUGCAAAUGUACUUUUCCCUGAAAACUUGGUGUUUGUGACAACCUGUAAAUCUCUUCCCUGGAUUCUCAUUUAGAACUUGCUCAUUCCUAUGAUUCUGUGAUUGUUUCCAGAGAGAACUGAGUGCUGAAGUCAGGAUGUGCUUUCACACAUAAACCAGAGGUACUGGUGCAGCUCAAUUUAGAAUCAAACUGCUGCUUCCCUUUCUGUCCUGUCAGGAGUGUAAUAUUUGUAUAUUUGCUUAUUAAAGCAUCACUGCUGAUGCCUGAGCUGAAAGGACACAAGGUACCAAUGCAUUUCCCAGGUUUCUGUGUACUGAUGGAGCAAAAGAAUUUAUUUUGUACUAAAUACAAACUAUUUUACUUUUAAAUGUAAAAUAAUGUGUGUGAGUACACUUUACUUUUUUUAAGGGCU